UAUUGGGAAUAAGAUCUCUUCAGUCCCCUGGUUGACGACUCAGCUUACAUGUCUACCUACUAUAUUCGUACAUCGAAGAGAUUCGCUAAUCGCCCAAUGCACAUCACGGCAUUAUCUAGUGUUAACACCGCGCUAUCAACGGCGACCAUUGCGGUGAAAAUGAACAUCUACUAGCAAUUAUAUAAACCGGGCAUGACCCCCUUCAAGCUUAAGAUGCAGUUCUCGGCAUAUCAAACAAGCAAGUUGAGUUGACACGGCAUCUCUCGACCCAUACCUCAUCCAAUUCAACUCCAACGCACUCAAUAAUCAUCAAUCACAAUGUCCGCCAUCUUCACCAAGCCCAAGUCAAAGCUAACCUGGUUCAUAACCGGAUGCUCCUCCGGCUUUGGACUCUCACUAACCCGCACCGUCCUCGCCAACGGUCACGCCGUAAUCGCAACCUCCCGCAACCCAUCGCGCACUCCCGACCUCGUCGCCGAAGUCGAGAGUAAGGGGGGCAAGUGGCUCAAACUCGACGUAGACGACCGCAAAAGCGGGGAUGUAAUCAAUGAACUCGAGAACUCGGGCAUUGAGAUCGAUGUAUUGGUUAAUAACGCCGGAUUCUCGAUCUUUGCGCCUGUUGAGAUCGCGACGGAGGAUGAGAUCCGAGGUCACAUGGAAUCGAUGUACUUCGGCCCCUUGCGCUUGAUACAAGCGGCGGUUCCGCAUAUGCGGAAAAGACGGUAUGGUGUUAUUGUUAAUUUUAGUACGGGUUCCUCGCUUGAUGGACGGGACGCGAUGGGUCCGUAUGCGGGGGCUAAAGCUGGUCUUGAUGGCAUAACUAGAGUACUGGCUAAGGAGGUCGCUCAGUACAACAUCCGAGCUCUGACUGUUGUCCUGGGUGCGUUCAACACGAACAUGGGAAACGCCACCGUGGUGGGAAAGAACCCGCUUCCGGACGACUAUAAGGGGUCUGUUUCCGACAAAAUGAUACAAUUCCUCUCUGGUGCCAAGCUGCCUGGCGCACAACUCACCAUGGGCGACAAGGAUAAGGCUAUGAAGGCUGUUUACGAGGUGGUGGUUGGGGAGGGUGUUGGUGUCGGGAAAGAGGCUGAGAGAUUGCUUCCCCUGGGUGUUGACAUGACGGCGAGGGCAAAAGGGGUGCAGGAAUAUCUCCAGAACGCCUUGGAUGCGUUUAAGCAUAUUACUAACAACGUGGGAGUCGACCAGUGAUGUAGUGUACUAUUGAAUAUUUACAGCAGAGAAAAUAUUAUAUCUUAAAUACAUGCCCAUACCUCAA